CGCGCGCGGGGCUCCGAGGGGCGGGAGGCGCCGGCAGUCGGAGCGCGCGGCUGCAGCGGCGGCGGAGCCCGAGCCCGAGCCCGAGCCCGAGCGGCGGCCGCAUCGCAGCCCGCGGGGCCCGCCGCAGCCAUGGGCAACCGCGGCAUGGAGGACCUCAUCCCGCUGGUCAACCGGCUGCAGGACGCCUUCUCGGCCAUCGGGCAGAACGCCGACCUCGACCUGCCGCAGAUCGCCGUGGUGGGCGGCCAGAGCGCCGGCAAGAGCUCGGUGCUGGAGAAUUUCGUGGGCAGGGACUUCCUGCCCCGUGGAUCUGGCAUUGUCACCCGACGGCCCCUGGUCUUGCAGCUGGUUAAUUCUACUACAGAAUAUGCCGAAUUCCUGCACUGCAAGGGGAAGAAAUUUACAGACUUUGAGGAGGUGCGCCUGGAAAUCGAGGCUGAAACUGACCGGGUCACCGGCACCAACAAGGGCAUCUCUCCGGUACCCAUCAACCUCCGCGUCUACUCGCCCCACGUGCUGAACCUGACCUUGGUGGACCUGCCUGGAAUGACCAAGGUCCCAGUUGGAGACCAACCUCCGGACAUCGAGUUUCAGAUCCGGGACAUGCUGAUGCAGUUCGUCACCAAGGAGAACUGCCUCAUCCUGGCCGUGUCCCCGGCCAACUCCGACCUGGCCAACUCUGAUGCCCUCAAGAUCGCCAAAGAGGUGGACCCCCAGGGUCAGCGCACCAUUGGGGUCAUCACCAAGCUGGACCUGAUGGACGAAGGCACCGACGCCCGUGAUGUGCUGGAGAACAAGCUGCUGCCUCUGCGCAGAGGCUACAUCGGGGUGGUGAACCGGAGUCAGAAGGACAUUGAUGGCAAGAAGGACAUCACGGCUGCCUUGGCGGCUGAGCGCAAGUUCUUCCUCUCACACCCGUCCUACCGCCACCUGGCGGACCGCAUGGGCACCCCCUACCUGCAGAAGGUGCUCAAUCAGCAACUGACCAAUCACAUCCGGGACACCCUGCCGGGCCUGCGCAACAAGCUACAGAGCCAGCUGCUGUCCAUUGAGAAGGAGGUGGACGAGUACAAGAACUUCCGCCCCGACGACCCGAGCCGCAAGACCAAGGCCCUGCUGCAGAUGGUCCAGCAGUUCGCAGUGGACUUUGAGAAGCGCAUCGAGGGCUCCGGGGACCAGAUCGACACCUAUGAGCUGUCGGGGGGAGCCCGCAUCAACCGGAUCUUUCACGAACGUUUCCCCUUUGAGCUGGUCAAGAUGGAGUUUGACGAGAAGGAGCUCCGGAGAGAAAUCAGCUAUGCCAUCAAGAACAUCCAUGGCAUUAGAACCGGGCUCUUCACCCCAGACAUGGCCUUUGAGACCAUUGUGAAAAAGCAGGUGAAGAAGAUCCGAGAACCGUGUCUCAAGUGUGUGGACAUGGUUAUCUCGGAGCUAAUCAGCACCGUUAGACAGUGCACCAAGAAGCUCCAGCAGUACCCCCGGCUGCGGGAGGAGAUGGAGCGCAUCGUGACCACCCACAUUCGGGAACGCGAGGGACGCACCAAGGAGCAGGUCAUGCUGCUCAUCGACAUUGAACUGGCCUACAUGAACACCAACCAUGAGGAUUUCAUCGGCUUUGCCAAUGCUCAGCAGAGAAGCAGCCAGAUGAGCAAGAAGAAGGCUUCAGGGAACCAGGAUGAGAUUCUGGUCAUCCGAAAGGGCUGGCUGACCAUCAACAACAUUGGCAUCAUGAAGGGUGGGUCCAAAGAGUACUGGUUCGUGCUGACAGCCGAGAAUCUGUCCUGGUACAAAGACGACGAGGAGAAGGAGAAGAAGUACAUGCUGUCUGUGGACAACCUGAAACUGCGGGACGUGGAGAAGGGCUUCAUGUCCAGCAAACACAUCUUUGCCCUCUUCAACACAGAGCAGAGGAAUGUCUAUAAGGAUUACCGACAGCUGGAGCUGGCCUGUGAGACCCAGGAGGAGGUGGAUAGCUGGAAGGCCUCCUUCCUGAGGGCUGGCGUGUACCCCGAGCGUGUUGGGGACAAGGAGAAAGCGAGUGGCGAGACGGAGGAGAAUGGCUCCGACAGCUUCAUGCACUCCAUGGACCCGCAGUUGGAGCGGCAGGUGGAGACCAUCCGCAACCUGGUGGACUCCUACAUGGCCAUCGUCAACAAGACCGUGCGGGACCUCAUGCCCAAGACCAUCAUGCACCUCAUGAUCAACAACACCAAGGAGUUCAUCUUCUCGGAGCUGCUGGCCAACCUGUACUCGUGCGGGGACCAGAACACCCUGAUGGAGGAGUCGGCGGAGCAGGCGCAGCGGCGCGACGAGAUGCUGCGCAUGUACCACGCCCUGAAGGAGGCGCUCAGCAUCAUCGGGGACAUCAACACGACCACCGUCAGCACGCCCAUGCCCCCGCCCGUGGACGACUCCUGGCUGCAGGUGCAGAGCGUACCGGCCGGACGCAGGUCGCCCACGUCCAGCCCCACGCCGCAGCGCAGAGCCCCCGCCGUGCCCCCAGCCCGGCCCGGAUCCCGGGGCCCUGCUCCUGGGCCUCCGCCUGCUGGGUCCGCCCUGGGGGGGGCGCCCCCCGUGCCCUCCAGGCCGGGGGCUUCCCCUGACCCCUUCGGCCCUCCCCCCCAGGUGCCCUCGCGCCCCAACCGCGCCCCGCCCGGGGUCCCCAGAAUCACUGUCAGUGACCCUUGAGGAGCAGCCGCCACGCCGAUCGGGGCAGGCAAGUCCAUCCCGUCCUGAGAGCCCCCGGGCCCCCUUCGACCUCUAACCAGACCCUCCUGUUCCUCGGAGACUUCCCUUUCCAAGCCUGCCUGGACCGCUGUUCCCUGACUCCGCAGCGACAGCCCAGCCCCGAGGCCCCGCCCCCCUCCUCUGUGACGUAGUCCAUCGUAGUGGUGAGCUGGCACACCCAGGCGUGACGUUGGUGAAGCUCGUGCCCCCUCUGUGGUUUUGCUCCCGGCCUGUUCUAGAAACCCCUCCAAUACGCGCACACACA